AAGCUCUCCGACUUUAGUUAAAGGAGUAGACGCCUUCGUCGGUUUUCUUUUUCCGUUGGCUAAACCCCAACACCCUCCCUCGAACACUCUCUUGCGGCCGAGGGCGGUCGGUGCGGGUGAAUUAGGGUUAGGGUUAAGUUUUGAUCGGGGUUUGGUUGAGAUGGUGGCGGACAAGGGGAAGAAGGCGAAGGUGGUGGAGCGAGGGGAGGAGGACUCCGAACACAUCGACGGGAAGCUCGUUCUCUCCAUAGAGAAGCUACAGGAGAUUCAGGACGAGCUCGAGAGGGUCAAUGAGGAAGCAAGUGAUAAAGUUUUGGAGGUGGAACAGAAAUAUAAUGAGAUACGUGGACCUGUUUACAAGAUGCGGAAUGAGAUCAUCAAAUCUAUUCCAGACUUUUGGUUGACUGCCUUUCUGAGCCACCCAGCACUUUGUGAUCUUGUGACUGAAGAAGACCAAAAGAUCUUCAAGUACCUGGAAUCAUUAGAUGUGGAAGAUUUUAAAGAUUUGAAGUCAGGCUAUUGCAUAACUUUUAGCUUCUCCCCUAACCCUUAUUUUGAAGAUACAAGCCUUAAAAAGACAUACUCCUUCUUUGAUAAUGGAACCACUAACAUAACUGGUACAGCAAUCAGGUGGAAGGAGGAGAUGUUGAAGAACACUGCAAAUGGUGUUGCUUACAAGAAGAAUGGAAAUAAACGACCCUUUCCUGAGGAAAGUUUCUUUAGCUGGUUUGGUGAAACUCAGCAGAAAAGCAUCUCAGAAGGGUUUUCUGACGAGGUGGCUGAGAUAAUAAAGGAAGAUUUAUGGCCCAAUCCUUUGAAGUACUUUAACAAUGAGGCUGAUGAGGAGGAUUUUGAUGGAGAUGAAGAUGAUGAAGAGGGCACUGACUCUGAAGAUGAUGAUGUUCAAGGCGAUGAAGAUGAUGACGGAGAAGAUGAUAGCUAAUUUAUGGUUCAUUGUUUUUCUUCUAUUUUGUCUCCUUGUCAUGUUUAUGUGGCUCAGGUGAACCUGGUGUUGCAGAAGGGCUAGAAUGCCAUAUUAAGGAUGGCAGCUGUCGCUCUUUCCUCUUUUGCAGACUCUAGCAAAAGAGGUCUUUGGUUAUCUGUGCUAGGAGUUGAGACUAUUAGUAGGAUAUAUCUUGGAUGUAUGACAUGUUUAUCUUUACUUCUGUAGAGGUUUUUUUGGUUUUUUCCUGUUCUCCA